AAGACAUACUUAGGUUACCCAAAAACAAUUUAACUUUGUGUUUGUAAUGGAGGCGAAGUGCUUGAUGUUAUUGACAAGAGUUGGCCAAAACGACGUCGUAAACAGACGCGUAUUCACAUGCAAGACGUGCAUGAAGGAGUUCUCGACGUUCCAAGCCUUAGGCGGCCACCGUGCCAGCCACAAGAAGAAGCCGAGCCUUCACGUGUCACCUUCUUCCACUAGGCCCAAAACGGCGUCGUCUCACUCUCACUCUUGCCCUAUCUGCGGCGUCGACUUCCCCAUGGGCCAGGCUCUCGGCGGACACAUGAGGAGGCACCGUCAAAACGGCGGCGGCGCGUUUGUCACACGCGCUUUCUUCCCGGAGACGACGGCGAUGAGUAUUUCGAGCAGUAAGGGGAAGAGGGUGUCUUGUUUGGAUGCGAUGAUGGCGGCGGCCGAUAACUUGAAUCUCAAGUUGGAGCUCGGAAGAACAGUUCAUUGAUUUUUUUUCUUUUUAUUUUUUUAAUUAUUAGUUUAUUUAGUCAUAGGGUUUUCUCCAUUCGCAGUUCUCCGUUGUGAAUAUAUUUUGGUUAUUUAAUA